AUGAAGGGCUGCGUCUUCGUUGGCCACCACCAAAACGUGGGGGUGGCCGCUGCUUUGUCUUCGCACUCUUCUUUGAGAGCAGCUUUUCCUUCUUCAGGAGGAGGAAAAUCUUCCAAAGUAUUUUCUUCUUUAAGGAGGAGGAGGCGUUCGAAAGACGUCGUUCAAAGUUCCCAAUGUGGGAGCCACGAAGGGAGAGAUUACGUGGCGAAACAGAUUGUGAGCACGACGACGCAUGCAUCCUCGUCCGAAGAAGAGGCAACGAAAAGAAGAAACCAAGUGAUCGUCUCCCCGUCGAUCGCGAAAGCAAACUUAUGGGAUUUGAAACAGUCCGUGGAGAAAGUCCUCGAGGCUGGCGCGGAGUGGUUGCACGUCUCCGUGCAAGACGGCUCCUCGUACGCGCCGAAAAUAUCCUUAGGCUCCCCAGUGGUGAAAUAUGUGAAAUUGAACACGCGUGAACCGAUGGAUCGAAUCGAGGAAUUCGUUUCUGCAGGCGCGGAUGUCAUCACGUUCGCACCUGAGGCGGCGAAACAACCGAUGGCAGUUUUACAAAAGAUCAAACACUCGGCGAAGGAACGCGAGAGAGACAUUCUCGCCGGGAUCGUGCUGAAUCCGUCCACGGGUUUAUAUGCGAUCGAAGAACUCCGUCCGUAUUGCGACGUCGUCGUCGUCAUGCUGGUAAACCCAGGCUUGGGAACCACGCCGUACAAGACGCUGGACGAAAAAAUCAAACGCGUGCGAAGUGUGCGAGAGUAUUUCGGUCCCGCGACGAGAGUGCAAAUCGACGGCGGCGUCGACGAGCGCUCGGCGAAGGAACUGAUUAAAGCGGGCGCGGAUACGAUCGUCGCGGGAAGCGCGGUUUUCAAAUCCGACGACCCGGCGAGAGUCAUCCGCGCUUUGAAAGGAGAAGAAGGAGGCGUUUCGAACAAAGAACAUCCUCGCCCUCGCUGA